UCAAUGCAUUUGAUAGUGGCGAGAAGAGCAGUGGUACUUUCAUCAUCACCGUCACUCAAACAUCUGGCACCAUCUAUUAUUUUUGCGAAAUUCCUGGCCAUUGCGAAAGUGGAAUGUGGGGUUUAAUUGCCAUUAAAAGCUCAGCUACAUCAGGUUCAUCCUCCGUCUCCUCUACAUCUUCACCAUCCACAUCGUCUAGUAGUUCUUUAUCGCUUAGCACAUCUAUUAGUCUUUCGCCAGCAGGUACAGCUAGUGCUAGUAAUUCACCUAGUGGUUCAUCCAGUGGUUCACCCGGAAAUUUGUCUAGCCCCACCAGCGGUCCAAGUUCAACCCCGAGCACCACUAAAUCAUCCGCCUCUUCCAAAUCGGUGACCGUCGUUAAUUUCCUGAUAUUGGUGGCAAGUGCAAUCACG